GUGUUUCAAGCCAUUGUCUUAGUUUCUUCCAAUUCAACUAAACAAUUCAAGCUCUUUCACCGAUCAAGCAAGAUGGCUGAAAGAAUAACAGUCGAGUCAGUCUUACAGAAGAUCAGCCACAGACAUCUUGAAUGUCAAAUCUGCAUGGACCGCUUCAAGGAGCCCAAAAUGCUGGAGUGUUCUCAUUCAUUUUGUCUGGAGUGCCUUCAACACCUAGCAGAGACUAACCCAACUAGUCCAACACUAAUAUGCCCAUUGUGUCGAAGUCAAACUUCCUUGACUAAAAACAGAGUUUCUCAACUUUGUUCGGACUUCAAAAUGACUUCUUUGUUGGAUGAAAUAAGAGAGCAUGAGACUGAAUUACAAAGUCUACAAGAAAUUCAACCACCUGGCAGAAAGGAAUCCGUUUCUAAAUGUAGCAAGCAUACUGGCAAGGAUGUUAUCAUGUACUGUGACUCAUGCAAACAGUUGAUAUGCACAACUUGCAUUGCAAAGGACCACAAAAUGCAUCCUGCCACUGAACUGAAAGAGGUUGUUGACAACUGCAAGAAGAAAGCCAAUGAAAUAUUAGCAGCAGUAGCACAACAUCACAUAACUUUUAAGAUUGCUAUGGAAGACAUAGGUAUGUCUCGCAAGACAUUAGAUUCUAUGUUUGCUGCCACCAAAGCACAGAUCUCCAAGAAGGCAGAUGAGAAGAUUGCCAAAGAGGUUGCACGGAUGAGACAGGAAGAGCACAAACUGAUGUUGGAGUUAGCCCAGACUUAUGAAGACAAAGCCACACAAAUAGAAACUGCACUUACAACAAAUAACAAUGAAAUGACAAAAGCACAGAAUAUGCAAGUUGUAGUUAAUCAACACAUCAAUGAAGUGAACUUCUGCGAGAAUCUACAACUGAUAGAGAAACUCUUGCAAGACCUCAAAGACUACACAGAUAUACAGCCCAAACAAGUGACCAGCGAAUUGACUUACAUUGACCUUGAAGAUGAUCAGAAAUCAUUCGGGAGACUGAGAAUAAAAGAAGAACAGAAACUAGGAGCAGCUUCUGCUUCAGACACAGCAUGCAAACCCAAGACAAAACUGACAUGGACACUGAAAACAGAAAUAACCAGAUAUAAGAACAGAGAUAAACAAAUACAAAACAUAUGCGCAUCGAAGGCGGCUUCCUACUGCAAUAGCGACAUUGUCAUCUGUGAUUUAAAGAGCAGUAUCUUGAUCAAAAUAUCAGUCGACAGCAGAGCCCAAUCAAAGGUCCUCCCAAAAGAGCUGUCGAUUAAAGGUCUCAUUCAUCCUAGAAGAGUGACUGUGAACAAGAAAGAUGAGCUCAUUGUUGUAGAUAACACAAAAGUUAAGAUCUUCAAUAGAAAAUACAAGUGUCUCAAUUGUUUCACACUGAGUGGACAGCUAACGAUCCAGCCAUCAUGUAUAGCAGUGGAUGACAAUAAUCACAUAGCAGUGGGAUAUGUACAUGGAGAAAUCUCGCUGUACAGACAAGAUGGAUCCCUCAUAAGUACAUUGCUUGCUCAAGGGAUCGGUGGAUUCUUAACUAUCCACAAACAGCAACUCAUCUACACCAACUGGGAUGACAAGAAGUUAGUAUCAAUUGGCUACAAUGGUGACAUUGUAUUCUCAGUAGAUAUCAAUCGUAACAUGUUGCCUCGUGGUUUAUGUUGCGACAAGGAUGGUAGCAUCUAUGUUGCUGCGUGGGAUAAGCUAUCACCAUCAGGUGACAUCCAUCAUUACAGUCAUGAUGGCAAGUACAUCGGAUGUAUCAUUAAGGGCUGUGUUCAUCCAAAUGGUAUAACAUUCACACCAGCUGGUGAUCUGGUUGUGGCUACGUAUGCAUCAGUUAAAAUAUACAAACAGGAGUAAAAACAGAUUUUGGAAAAACUGAAGAAACAACAAGACACAGCAAGGAUUGAACAAAUCUAUUUUGAUUAAUUCUAGGGAAAAUCUGUGCACCAUGUAUUUUACUUAGUGUGCUGCACAAAAUUUUGAAAUUGGGCAUGCCCACCCUGCACCGCCCAGCACCGCCCAAGGGGGCUUCAACACCGAUUACUCACCUUUCUGUUUCUUUGAAUGUCUCCAAAUCUCUCUGAUAGUGUCUUCAGAGCUCACAUUGCAGAGUCCUCAGCAUCUGCCCUGUGAGGCUGAGACUAACUGUCGAUCUGGCAGAUCUUGGAAGUGCCAUGAAAAUGCUUCAGACUUUGCAAGGAAAGGCCAGGUGGACAUGAUGAGAGACACCUUUGAUAAAAAGAGUGAAAACAAGUUGUUAAUAGGAGACUUAGGAACGGUAGGUGGCAGCAGACUUACUAGGUAAAUGUCCAUUGUUUACGUAGUUCUGAGCAUGCGCGCAUUACAGAGAACAAUGGAUUUUACCUGGUAAGUCUACUGCCACCAAGAGUCCUGAAAGUUCCCUAUUGUCAAAAAUGUCUGACCACAUACUUCAGUCUAAUCAAGGGUGCGUUUUGGCAGCUGUAACCAAUACUUGUUUUGAUCACUGAUUAGUGUUUAAACGAUGGCCAAGUCAACUGAAACAGUUAUUGGGUACAACCUCCCAAAACGCACCCCAGGAAUUAUAUUUAUUGACCAAACCAACAGCG